AUGGAAAGAUUGUGCCGGUGCACAAAUCGUGCCGACCAACAAUCUUCACUCACGCAGUGGAAGAAGUUGGGUCUUGAGAAUGAUUUGGCAGCAAAAGUCUGCACCAGCAAUCCAGCUCUGCUUGGGAAAAUCAAAUCAAACUUUCCAGUUGCAUCCUCAUCUUCGGGCAAUGAGAAUGAAGAUCCGAAUCUCGCCAACAAGACAAGAAAACGAGACAACAAUAAGAAUGUAACAAGAAGCAAGGAGCAGUGGCGAGAGCUCUUGGUGGAUAUCUACUACUUUCUGUCAAGUGCAAGGUCAGGGCAACGGAAGGAGUCGGUCCACUCCUACUGUCAGAAAGUACUCAAGUCAGAGAAUUCGUAUCAGCGGAUUGUUGACGUUUGGAGGGAGCUAGAUUUUGAAAGCGACCUUGCACAGAAUGUCGCACCGAAUGAUCCAAGAAUCAUAGCAAAGCUUGAUGGCAGAUUCUCGGUUGACACAAACAAGGAACAACAAUCGGCAAGAGAUCUCCGUCCUUCUUCAAACUCAUAUUUUGAUCAGGGAGAGGAGGCAGCUUUGCAAGAGGCUGUUGCUGAAUUUGCCAGAGCUGGAUUUCCUCUAGAGAAGACCAAUUUAAUGGGAUAUGCAAACGCAUUUUUGGAAGCCGAGGGAAUCGACACCAGCAACAACGGUGGCCCCAGCAUGGACACGGUGGAGCGAGUCUACAAAGCUGGGCGCUUGAAAGCAAUGUCAAAUGUUGGUGGUAUCGAUCGGAAAAGAGCUGCACAAGCGGGCCCGGAGACUUUGAAUGCACUUUAUCAUCAGAUGGAAUAUUGGAUGGCGAUCGCACACGAGGUAAACCCAAUCGCUUGGCCUGAAGCAAGAUAUGCCGAUGUACCUCCUUCACGCAUUUACAAUACAGAUGAGCAAGGACCGAAUCCAACAGCAUUGAGAAAUCCAGUUCUAAUUCCGCGAGAACUGGUUGAGAGACACGCUAGGCUGUUUCAAAAUACAAGAGAAGGAGACGGAAAGAUGUCGUUCCAUUACAGUGUGGCAAAUAUUGUCCGUGCGGAUGGAGCUCAAUGCCUCCCCAAAGAGUGUGUGGAAGGAGCCCCAGCACCAUACAUUUUGAUCUCUGACGGAUCCAGCUCUAGUGAGCUCGAUUCAAUGGAUAAGGCAAGUCGAGAUCGACUUCUCGUAAAUCAGAGUGAAGACGACACCAUUCAGUUGAAUCCUGGAGUCUACGAUGGAUGGUUCGAUGAUUAUCAAGUGGGAAAAAGAGAUACACUUGUCAAUCCAUUUGGAUUUCAAAUCAGAACCACUCCAACCGGCAGCAUGUUGAAGAGAACCUUCUUUGAUUUCAUCCUUCAUUUCAAGAACCAACUACCCCACGACCAAGGUCCAAACGGCCAUGGCGUGGUGCUCUUUUUGGAUUGGCAUUGUUCGCGAGAGUGUCCACAGUCCCUUCUCACUGCUUUCUUUGAGUACAACAUUCUCAUUUUCGUGCUUCCAUCUAAGACGAGUAUUUGGUCCCAACCAUGCGAUAAUGGAAAGAAUGAGACAUCGGCCAAAGAUAUCUCGCAAACGGCCCAUGACCUUGGUCUGAUGGUUGGAUCGGCUCUCGAUUAUAGAGAUGCAAAUAGGAUCUUUCGCCAAGGGCUCCAAAAAAACUGCAUUGAUCAAAAUGAUGAACUUCGGCGCACUGGAAGGAACGCUGUCGUGAGCAGCUUUGAGAAGACAGGCCUCUACCCCAUGUCUUAUGACAAUGAAGGAUGGCAAACUGCCAUCCGUGGCUUUGGCAAAAUGAACAGUCUGAUCAAACAACAAAAACGAGACGCAGGCCUACAAUUGCCCAACGUGAUUUGGGCUGCAAGAGCCAUUCCACCAGAGAAACGUUCUGAGCUGUCGGAACAAGAGAAAGAAACAAUCCGCGCUUUUCUUCCCUUGGACGAUUUUCUUAUUGCAAACAACGGAGAUAAUGAGUCCACUGACGAUCCUGCCCAACUGUCGCUGAGGGAACUGCCUCUGGUCUGCUUGGCAAUGGCAAUUGCUGAGCAUCUCAUUGGCAAAUACACUCUCGAUGAGCAAAGAGACAUGUCACAGCCGCCAUCACCACACGAACCAUUUGAGCAUGCUGCGUUGAAACUUGUAGAGUUUGUGGCAUUGACAGAGGACAACCAUGUCGACACUACUUGUAUGUUGACCAAAGAGGCAAUCGCACGAGACAAAUUGAGGACAAAGCUUGCGCUGGUAAAGCUUGGCUUUGCAACUGUGCUCCGACGGAAAGCAGAUGGUGGAAUACUCAAUUUGACAAAGCAAAAGGCUGAUACUUUUCUUGUUCUAGAUUGCGAGCAAAGGCUUAGCCAAAAUUGGGUUACUAUGACUGUUGGUGACAUCCUCGACCAAUGCUAUGAUGCCAAGGAUGAUGAAAGCUACAAGCUCACAGUCAAAGACAAGAAGAAGUGCCGAAAGAAACAACGAAUUGCCAGGAAGAAGCUCAAUGCCUCAAUGUAUGAAGAAGCCAAAGAGAUAGCCCGAAGCAGACGCUUGAAAAGAAACCUCGAAGACAAAGCACAACAACUCUCAACAAAGCGGCCUCGCUUCUAUGCCAAGUUGGCCGCAAUAAUGGAGGAAGAAGCGGUUGAGUUGGAAGACCUCUAUGGCGACUUUGAAGACGUCGUUCGUGAGCCCUACACCGACACAGUUGUGGUCACCCGAGGAGAUACGACCAAAGAUAUUGAUGUGAGCUUUGGUGGUGGUGAUAUCAGUGCCAUCUCUCACUAUAUGCAGACAGCAUUGGUCAAGGUCAUGGUUGAGUUGAAAGCAAAGGCCGGAGAGAAAGAAAGACGCAAACGCAGGCGUUAUCCGGGCACUUCCACUCACCUCGGCAAGAGUGGCAUCGUUGCUGGCAUUCUCAUUCAACGACAGAUCAAAGAGGAUGAGCUCAAGGCAACAGAAAAAGAGGAAAAGAGUCUACUAGAUGAGUUAGACAAACUCAAAUCGCUUGUGGCGGGAGCAAAGAAACUGGUGAAUGACAUGCCGGAUACUCACUGGCACUUUGAUAAAGUGAAAGGCGACAACAGAAAGACUGUGGCAAAGAUGUUUGGUGUAUUUAAAUCAAGUAACAAGGCAGACGAAGCGAUGGCCGCAUUGCAAUCAUUGGAGUUGUCGAAAGAAAGCUUCGAAGCAAAGCUUCUGGAACUCGAAAGCUCAAUAAAGGAAAAGGAAACAAAGGUAGCUCCAAUCGUUGCUAAGCAACGUGAGCAAAGCGACUUCCUCCUUGAAACGGAGGAGUACUACUCGACAAGUGCACAGCCUAGCGACGAGACAAACGCUGCAUGA